AUGCCUCCAACUCAGCGUCUCUUACUCGCCAACUCGGCCGCUCUGGCCACUUCCAUCGGCGCCGCCGCAGUCUACCUGGCCUUCGUUCAGUCCCCGCCAACGCUGGAACGCAUGGUAGCAAAAACCGCAUCGACAACCUUGCUCUCGGCCACAACUGUCAUCCGGAAUGGGCCUUCUCUCCUGGCGUUGGCGUUGGCUUUCGGGUCCCUCGGCGAUGCCUUCCUCGCAUGGGACGAUGACAACAACGAAGAUGACACGAAAUUUCUAUUCGGACUCGCCAGUUUCCUAGUGGCUCACCUUUUCUACAUCGCGGUGUUCUGGCGGAGCACGGGGAGCAACGGCAAGCGCAAAUCGCUGUUCUCGGGCUGGCGCGCCGUCCCCGCGGGCGUUUUAGUGUUGUUCGUCCCCAUCAUGCUCGCCUCGCUCGUGCCGCAACUCGAUAGCAACCUGCGAGUCCCCGUCAUCGGCUACUCGGCGGUCAUCUUCGUCAUGGCGCAAAGCGCACUCACCUUAGAACACCACCAAGUCAUUGCUGGGAGCCUCCUCUUUGCCGCUUCGGACAGCAUUCUGGCGGCAGACCGAUUCUUGGUUCCCACGCAUUCACCGUACAGGGUGUGGAUGCAGUACGCCGUUUGGGUUCUGUACUAUGCUGGUCAACUGCUGAUUGCGUUGGGCCUUACACCUUUGUAA